AUAGAAAGAGUGUAAAAGAGGAGGGGAGAAUAAGUUUUCCUAUUGACAACACUUGUUCGUGGAUAAAUAAUAUAAUUUUAUUGCUUUCUGAUAAUCGAUAUAAAAAUAUAUAAGAGAUGUACUGAUUAAUUGAUUUUAUAAUUAUAUUAGCGUAGUUCGAAGCCUUCUUUUAUAACUUCAGUAUAUUUUAUUUAACGACCGAUUAUAGGAUAGACAUUGGGACUACUUGAGUCCUGUUAUGCUUAUAUUUCUGUUGUGAGACCACCAAGAACAUAACCUCUAAAAACGGAUCUGCAGAUUGUGUUCUUUAUUUCAAUGGGGAUUAUUAAAGAUAAAAAUUUAACAUGGUCAAUUCGUGAAAGUUGGUAAAUAUUAUUAAACAUGACUGUGAUUAAAAACGAUAAAACCAAACAAUGAAUUAGAAAUAAUUAUUGAAAUAAGUUGAUAAUAAAUUAAGACUGAUUGCAAUUUUAAUUAUAAAUUUUAAGCUUUAAUUAUAUUUGGAUAUAUAAUCAAUGCAAUACUGAGCACAGUAUAUUAAGAACAUAUUUGUUUGAAAUCUAGUUUAAUAAUGAUAGGAGGACAUGAAUUUUCCUAUUAGCAUUUUACUGCUCUAUAUGGAUAUUGAAUUUAAAAAUACAGAUGUUAUUUGUUUGUAUUUAUAUAGUGCAUGCAUUUUACAUAGUUGUAUAGAACUUAGAAAAUUAUUAUAAAAUUAGUGGGAAUGGGCAAUUGUCUGUGUAAUGACACUCCGGAAGAUCUUGAAACAUAUAAUGAACAUCAAAAUCGUGCAGAGUCUGAAGAUACUAUAUUACCUCAAGCAAAUGUAAGCAUGAUAGUACCUGACGAUUCAACAACAGCAACUUUCAUGUUCCCAACAUCAACUGCUAUUGAUAUGCUUGUACUUGAAACGCUUGGGGUUAUUGGCUCUCUAGUUGAUAAUGAUCAAGAACCUCCACCUGCUAUGUCAAAAUUACAUAUAAUUGCAGAUAAAGAGGAUGGUUGGAUACAAGUUGUCAGUUCUAUGAUAAAUGUUAUUCCAAUGCACAAUCCAUUAGGUCCUUCUGUUAUUACUUUAUUAUUAGAUGAUGCACCUUUGCCUUCAAAAGAUUCUGUUUUACGUUUAUCACAUAUGUUUCAAUUGUCUCAAACAUUCGGAAAAAUACAAAUCAGUGCAACACAACAGCGAAAUAUUUGUGUGGUUUUAGGCUGCAUUGCAGAAAAAUUAGCUGGUCCUAGUAGUAUAGCGAUAUUAUCUGAUGCUACGUUAGAUUAUCUUAUUUCAAAUCUUAGAAACGAUAAUGAACCUUAUGUGGUACUAUAUUCUUUAAUCGCUUUAGAAAAAUUUGCCCAAACGAGUGAAAAUAAAAUAACGAUUAAGAAACGCCUUUCAGCAGAAGAACAAAAUCCACUAUUAGAAUUGGAAAAAUGGGCUACAAAUCGUCACUAUGUAAAACGCCAAGUUGGUUUUUGUGCGCAAUGGUGCCUGGAUAAUUUAUUUUUAAUGGAAGGUAGAAAGUAUUCUUAUGAUACUGUUGAUAUGACUGGCAUUAAUGUUAUGUUAAAUACAAAAGAUGUAAGCGAGUACCUGAAAAUAUCACCAAAUGGUUUGGAGGCCCGUUGUGAUGCAUAUUCAUUUGAAAGUGUAAGAUGUACGUUUCAAGUAGAUUCGGGAGUUUGGUAUUAUGAAACACUUAUAAUUACUACAGGAGUGAUGCAAAUUGGUUGGGCAACAAAAGAUAGUACUUUCUUAAAUCAUGAAGGUUAUGGUAUAGGAGAUGAUGAAUUUUCAUUAGCUUGUGAUGGCUGUCGAAGACUGAUAUGGUAUAAUGCUAAAAGUGAGCAAUAUAAUGAUAGACCUAGUUGGAGAGCUGGAGAUAUUUUAGGAUGUUUAUUGGAUUUAAAUAAACAAGAAAUAAUAUUUGCUAUAAAUGGAGUACGAAUAAAGCCGUGUAAUCAAGUUUUCAAGACUGUGAAGUCUGGAUUUUUUGCAGCAGCUAGUUUCAUGUCAUUCCAACAAUGCCGUUUUAAUUUUGGGAAUGUACCCUUUAUAUUUCCUCCCACUGAUAGGGUGUAUCAAAAAUUUAAUGAUUAUGCUACAUUAAAUCCAGAAGAUAAAAUUGUGCUGCCUAGACAUAUAUAUGUAGACCGUUUGAGAAGAAUUAGUGUUAUGGAAGACUCGUGUACUUUAUGUUUCGAUCAGAAGGCCUCAAUAAGAUUACUACCAUGUAAUCAUAGAGGUUUUUGUCACAUAUGUUCAAAACAAUUGGUUGAAUGCCCUAUGUGUAGAGCUACAAUCGAUGAAAUGGUUUCUGAUGGUAUAUGACACUUAACCAGCAAAGCCAUACUUGCUAACAAAAUAUUUAUACUAUAUCUGUUAUAUUACUUCACACUGAGAUGUUAUCAGGAAAUACUAACGAAAAUAGAAGGUUAUCUUCUUCUAUUGACGUACAAUCUCUUUUGUUCCUAUUAUGAACAUUGGUUUUAUUCAACAUUUAAAAUAACUGAACGUGCACUUGACAGAUACGCGUACGUACGAAACAGAUUAUGUGAAGUAGAAACGUUGCCAUGAUGGAAUAGAUAAACAUAUAAGUUAAAUACGAUAUGGGGUAAUGAAAAAAUGGUCUGAAGAAUUCAAUUUAAUGAAAUCUAACAUACGUGGAAUGCAGUCGUGAUAUUAUAUGCAAUUCUCUAUAUGUAGCAUAGUAUUUUGAUAGAAGAGAAUUAUGGUUUUCAACCAUGGAAUAUUCCCCUCCCCCAAAAAAAAAAACUUUAUCAUAAUUAUGAGGCCUUCUCCUGUAACUGUGACUUUUAAUACGAUUAAUGAUAAUGCUACGUUUUAAUUAAGCUAUACAAGUCAAGAUGCAGAAUCACGUCAAUAGUAAAUGUUACAAUUUCUGCACCAUCGAUUAUUUAUUUAUUCUUUUUCUCAUUGAUCAACUAUCAAUGAUCAAAUAACUUUUCGAGUAGAUUAAAUUAUACAUUAUUCUUGGUAAUUUUUAAAACAUUAAAAUCAUUAUUAAUUAUUAAUUGACUUUGGUGGCUUAGAAAAAGUAACACAUGCUACUUAUAUUAUUCUGCUUCAUAUUUUAGGUAGGUUUUACCUACACAAAUAUUGUUAAUUAAAUAUUUUUAAUAUUUUUAAUUAAAUGCCUAAUUGUAAAUGAUAACACACAUAGAUAAAUACAUAUUUUUUUCUACACUAAAGCAUUAUAAAA